CAGCCAGCAACUCAGGUCCAAACAGUCAUUUACAACCAGAUACCAGUGGCAGUUCAGACAGUUCUGGAACUGAGACUGAUGACAGUUAUGACUGGAAACAGACCAGAGAACUUCAGUCACCUUUUAACUGUCAAAAAAAUACCAGUAUUGUUAGUUCAAGUAAUUGUAACAUUGAUGAGAAACAAUUUAAUUACUUGAAAGAUGGGAAAGCAUCUGGACACAUGAACAACUUGGAGCAACACAAGGGGAGGCAAGCAAGCGUAAAACCAUUUAGCUGUUCUGAUCGGAGUAAAAGACAGAAACAGAAGGGCAUUCUAAACAAACACAUUAGAAUUCAGACAGGACAAAAACAAUUUGGCUGUCCUGAAUGUGGUCGAACGUUUGGACGAAAGAGCCACCUGAACACACACAUGAUAAUUCAUACAGGGGAAAAACGAUUUGGCUGUUCUGAAUGUGGUCAAAGAUUUAUACAAAAGAUUCACCGAGAUGAACACAUGAGAACUCAUACAGGAGAAAAACGAUUUGGCUGUUCUGAAUGUGGUCAAAGAUUUGGACAAAAGAGCCACCUGAAAACGCACAUAAUAAUUCAUACAAAACAAAAACCAUUUGCCUGUUCUCAGUGUGGUCAAAGAUUUAUACAAAAGAUCCACCUGAAUGGCCACAUGGUCAUUCAUACAGGACAAAAACCAUUUGGCUGUUCUGAAUGUGGUCGAAGAUUUGGACUAAAGAGCCACCUGAAGGGACAUAUGAUAAUUCAUACAGGACAAAAAUCAUUUGGCUGUUCUGAAUGUAGUCGAACAUUUGGUCAAAAGAGCACUCUAAAAAAACACAUGAUAACUCAUACAGGACAACAACCAUUUAUCUGUUCUGAAUGUGGUCGAAGAUUUGGACGAAAGAGCACUCUGAACAAACACAUGAUAAUUCAUACAGGACAGCAACCAUUUUGCUGUUCUGAAUGUGGUCGAAGAUUUUGUCAAAAGAGCUACCUGAACAGUCACAUGAUAAUUCAUACAGGACAGCAGCCAUUUGGCUGUUCUGAAUGUGGUCGAAGAUUUGGUCAAAAGAGCUACCUGAAUAAACACAUGAUAAUUCAUACAGGACAAAAGCCAUUUGGCUGUUCUGAAUGUGGUCGAAGAUUUGGACGAAAGAGCAACCUGAACAGACACAUGACAGUUCAUACAAUUUCUGUCAGUGGUGCAGGGAGACAUCUUUCCUGUGCAAGCACUCAGCUGGAUAACCCACCAGAUCACCAAAGUACUGAACUGGACCCCAGCAACAACGGCCUCAAAGGGCCAAAAGAAAAUAGCCAAACUACAACACUUUAAAUUGGUCCAUUGAGGAG